CCGUGGCCCCACAAUGACCCACAGCCCCGCGACAAGCGAGGAAGAGGAACGCCACAGCGCAAGCGAGUGUCCCGAGGGGGGCUCAGAAUCCGACAGCUCCCCAGACGGGCCAGGGCAAGGCCUCCGGGGGACCCGGGGCCGGGGCAGCGGGACACCUGGUAACCUGGCCUCAGUCAGAGGCCUCCAGGGCCGCUCCAUGUCUGUCCCUGACGACGCCCACUUCAGCAUGAUGGUCUUCAGGAUUGGCAUCCCGGACCUGCACCAGACAAAAUGCCUGCGCUUCAAUCCUGAUGCCACCAUCUGGACAGCCAAGCAGCAGGUGCUCUGUGCCCUGAGUGAGAGCCUGCAGGAUGUGCUCAACUAUGGCCUGUUCCAGCCAGCCACCUCAGGCCGUGAUGCCAACUUCCUGGAGGAGGAGCGGCUGCUGCGGGAGUACCCCCAGUCCUUUGAGAAGGGGGUGCCCUACCUGGAGUUCCGAUACAAGACCCGAGUUUACAAACAGACCAACCUGGAUGAGAAGCAGCUGGCCAAGUUGCACACCAAGACGGGGUUGAAGAAAUUCCUGGAAUACGUGCAGCUUGGGACGUCCGACAAGGUGGCACGGUUGCUAGACAAGGGGCUGGACCCCAAUUACCAUGAUUCGGAUUCUGGAGAGACCCCCUUGACCCUGGCGGCCCAGACUGAAGGCUCCGUAGAGGUGAUUCGAACCCUGUGCCUGGGUGGGGCCCACAUUGACUUCCGGGCCCGGGAUGGCAUGACAGCACUGCAUAAGGCCGCCUGUGCCCGGCACUGCCUUGCUCUCACGGCCCUCCUAGAUCUUGGGGGCUCCCCCAACUACAAGGACCGCCGGGGCCUGACUCCUCUGUUCCACACGGCUAUGGUGGGGGGUGACCCCCGAUGCUGUGAGCUGCUUCUGUACAAUAGAGCCCAGCUGGGCAUAGCUGAUGAGAACGGCUGGCAGGAGAUCCACCAGGCCUGCCAGCGGGGUCACUCUCAGCAUCUGGAACACCUGCUCUUCUACGGAGCUGAGCCUGGAGCCCAGAACGCCUCGGGGAACACAGCCCUGCAUAUCUGCGCCCUUUACAACAAGGAAACUUGUGCCAGGAUUCUCCUCUAUCGAGGGGCCAACAAGGAUGUGAAGAACAACAAUGGACAGACUCCCUUCCAGGUGGCAGUGAUUGCUGGGAACUUUGAGCUGGGGGAGCUGAUCCGAAACCACCGAGAACAGGAUGUGGUGCCCUUCCAGGAGUCCCCAAAGUACGCAGCCCGGCGACGAGGACCCCCAGGUACAGGGCUGACGGUGCCCCCCGCGCUGCUGCGAGCCAACAGCGACACCAGCAUGGCGCUACCCGACUGGAUGGUGUUCUCCGCCCCAGGGGCCUCAUCCUCUGGGGCCUCUGGCCCUACCUCAGGGUCCCAGGGCCAGUCGCAACCCUCGGCCCCCACCUCUAAACUCAGCAGUGGGACCCUCCGAAGUGCCAGCAGCCCCCGGGGUGCCCGGGCCCGCUCCCCAUCCCGAGGAAGGCACCCAGAGGAGGCCAAGAGGCAGCCCCGCGGACGGCCCAGCUCCAGUGGGACGCCCCGGGAAGGGCCAGCUGGGGGCACAGGAGGCUCUGGGGGCCCCGGGGGCUCCCUGGGCAGCCGAGGAAGGCGGAGGAAGCUCUAUUCAGCAGUACCUGGACGCUCCUUCAUGGCUGUGAAAUCAUACCAGGCUCAAGCUGAGGGGGAGAUCUCCCUGAGCAAAGGGGAGAAGAUCAAAGUACUUAGCAUCGGGGAAGGAGGCUUCUGGGAAGGCCAGGUCAAAGGUCGCAUCGGCUGGUUCCCUUCUGACUGCCUGGAAGAGGUGGCAAACCGCUCUCAGGAGGGAAAGCAAGAAAGCCGCAGUGACAAGGCAAAGAGGCUCUUCCGGCAUUAUACCGUGGGCUCCUACGACAGCUUUGAUGCCCCAAGCUUAAUGGAUGGGAUUGGCCCAGGGAGUGAUUACAUCAUUAAGGAGAAGACAGUCUUGCUGCAGAAGAAGGACAGUGAGGGGUUUGGGUUCGUGCUUCGGGGGGCCAAGGCGCAGACCCCCAUCGAGGAGUUCACCCCCACCCCAGCCUUCCCGGCACUGCAGUACCUGGAGUCAGUGGACGAGGGUGGUGUGGCAUGGCGAGCUGGACUGCGAAUGGGAGACUUCCUCAUCGAGGUGAAUGGGCAGAAUGUGGUGAAGGUGGGCCACCGACAGGUGGUGAACAUGAUACGCCAAGGGGGCAACACGCUGAUGGUCAAGGUGGUGAUGGUCACCAGGCAUCCGGACAUGGAUGAGGCAGUUCAUAAGAAAGCACCCCAGCAGGCUAAGCGACUCCCACCCCCAACUAUCUCCCUGCGGUCCAAGUCUAUGACCUCGGAGCUAGAGGAGAUGGAGUACGAGCAGCAGCCUGCACCGGUACCCAGCAUGGAGAAAAAGCGGACCGUGUAUCAGAUGGCUCUCAACAAACUGGAUGAAAUCUUGGCCGCAGCUCAACAAACCAUCAGUGCAAGUGAGAGUCCUGGGCCUGGUGGCCUCGCGUCCUUGGGCAAACACCGACCCAAAGGCUUCUUUGCCACUGAGUCGAGCUUUGAUCCCCACCAUCGCUCCCAGCCAAGUUAUGAGCGUCCUUCUUUCCUGCCUCCUGGACCUGGGCUUAUGCUCCGGCAAAAAUCUAUUGGGGCAGCAGAAGAUGACAGACCCUACCUAGCACCCCCAGCCAUGAAGUUCAGCCGCAGCCUGUCUGUGCCCGGCUCCGAGGACAUACCCCCACCACCUACCACAUCCCCACCAGAGCCACCCUACAGCACACCUCCAGCCCCCUCCUCCUCAGGCCGCCUCACCCCCUCCCCUCGGGGAGGACCCUUCAACCCCAGCCCAGGUGGCCCCCACCCCGCCUCCUCCCCCUCAUCUUUUGAUGGGCCCGCCCCUCCAGACACCCGGGACACCCGUGUGGGGAGCCGUGAGAAAAGCCUGUACCACAGUGGUCCCCUGCCCCCUGCCCACCACCACCCGCCCCACCACCACCACCACCACGCCCCGCCCCCUCAGCCCCACCACCACCACGCCCACCCUCCUCAUCCUCCAGAGAUGGAGACCGGUGGCUCUCCCGAUGACCCCCCACCCCGAUUGGCUCUGGGGCCCCAACCUAGCCUUAGAGGUUGGCGGGGUGGCGGGCCCAGCCCGACCUCUGGAAUCCCGUCCCCAUCGCAUCAUGGCAGCGGGGGCGCGGGCGGCGGUUCCUCCCAGGCCCCGGCUCUGCGCUACUUCCAGCUGCCCCCGCGGGCGGCCAGUGCGGCCAUGUAUGUACCAGCCCGCUCGGGCCGCGGCCGCAAGGGCCCGCUGGUCAAGCAGACCAAAGUCGAAGGCGAGCCCCAGAAGGGCGGUGGCCUCCCGCCCGCGCCCUCGCCCACGUCCCCAGCCUCCCCGCAGCCGCCGCCCACCGCGGCCGCGCCCUCGGAGAAGAACUCCAUCCCUAUCCCCACCAUCAUCAUCAAGGCUCCGUCCACCAGUAGCAGUGGCCGAAGCAGCCAGGGCAGCAGCACCGAGGCGGAGCCCCCCAGCCAGCCUGAAACCGCAGGCGGCGGCGGCGGCUCUUCGCCCAGCCCGGCCCCAGCCAUGUCCCCGGUGCCACCGUCCCCCUCGCCCGUGCCCACCCCCGCCUCGCCCAGCGGGCCAGCCACCCUCGAUUUCACCAGCCAGUUUGGAGCAGCCCUGGUAGGGGCGGCUAGGAGAGAAGGGGGCUGGCAGAACGAAGCUCGCCGGCGGUCCACACUCUUCCUCUCCACUGACGCAGGGGACGAGGAUGGAGGCGACGGUGGGCUGGGCGUAGGGGCAGCCCCGGGGCCCCGGCUACGCCACUCCAAAUCCAUCGAUGAGGGCAUGUUCUCCGCCGAGCCCUAUCUCCGGCUGGAGUCUGCGGGCGCGGGCAGUGGCGCGGGCUACGGCGGUUAUGGAGCGGGCAGCCGAGCCUACGGGGGCAGCGGGGGCAGCAGCGCCUUCACCAGCUUUCUGCCCCCGCGACCCCUGGUACACCCGCUGACCGGCAAGGCCCUGGAUCCAGCCUCCCCGCUGGGGCUGGCCCUGGCCGCCCGAGAGCGGGCGCUGAAGGAGUCCUCGGAGGGCGGUGGGGCACCCCAGCCCCCUCCAAGGCCCCCAUCGCCCCGCUACGAGGUCCCGCCGCCCACCCCGCACCACCACUCGCCCCACGCCCACCAUGAGCCAGUGCUGCGUCUCUGGGGGGCCUCCCCGCCGGACCCCGCCCGCCGUGAGCUGGGGUACCGGGCAGGGUUAAGCAGCCAGGAGAAGUCUCUGCCGGCCAGCCCACCAGCUGCCCGCCGCUCCUUGCUGCACCGCUUGCCCCCGACAGCUCCCGGGGUUGGGCCCCUCCUGCUGCAGCUGGGGUCGGAGCCCCCGGCCCCGCACCCCGGAGUGAGCAAGGCCUGGAGGUCCGGAGCCCCUGAAGAGCCGGAGAGGCUGCCCUUACACGUGCGGUUUCUCGAGAACUGCCAGCCCCGAGCCCCGGCAGCAACCGGCAGGGGGCCCCCAUCCGAGGACGGGCCGGGUGUCCCGCCGCCCAGCCCGCGGCGGUCUGUGCCCCCCUCCCCGACCUCCCCAAGGGGCAGCGAAGAGAAUGGGCUUCCCCUGCUAGUCCUGCCGCCUCCCGCCCCCUCGGUGGACGUGGAAGAUGGCGAAUUCCUCUUUGUGGAACCGCUGCCGCCUCCUUUGGAGUUCUCCAACAGCUUCGAAAAGCCUGAGUCGCCACUCACGCCUGGGCCUCCCCACCCGCUGCCCGACCCCCCCACUGCGGCCACCCCUCUACCCCCUGCGCCACCUCCAGCUGUGGCCACCGCUCCUCCUACCCUGGACUCAACCGCAUCCAGCCUGACAUCUUAUGACAGUGAGGUGGCCACGCUGACACAAGGGGCCCCUGCCGCUCCUGGAGACCCUCCUCCGCCAGGCCCGCCAGCCCCCGCAGCACCGCUGCCGCCUCCUCCUGCCCCACAGCCUGGCCCAGACCCUCCGCCUGGCACAGACUCUGGCAUUGAGGAGGUGGAUAGUCGGAGCAGCAGCGACCACCCCCUGGAGACCAUCAGCAGCGCAUCCACGCUAAGCAGCCUGUCUGCUGAAGGUGGUGGCAGUGCAGGGGUCGGUGGUAGUGGUGGGGCUGGUGUGGCAAGUGGGCCAGAGCUUCUGGACACCUAUGUGGCCUACCUGGAUGGCCAGGCCUUUGGGGGGAGUGGUACUCCUGGCCCACCAUACCCACCACAGCUCAUGACUCCCUCUAAGCUCCGGGGCCGAGCUCUGGGAGCCAGCGGAGGCCUGCGGCCUGGCCCCAGUGGGGGACUCCGAGACCCUGUCACCCCCACCAGCCCCACUGUCUCAGUGACAGGGGCUGGAACUGAUGGGCUACUGGCCCUGAGUGCUUGUACAGGACCCUCGACAGCAGGAGUAUCUGGGGGUCCAGUGGCUGUAGAGCCAGAAGUCCCACCAGUGCCCUUGCCCACGGCCUCCUCCCUGCCUCGGAAGUUGCUGCCCUGGGAAGAGGGCCCGGGUCCCCCGCCACCACCCCUGCCCGGGCCCCUGGCCCAGCCUCAGGCCUCAGCCUUGGCCACAGUAAAAGCCAGCAUCAUCAGUGAACUAAGCUCCAAGCUUCAGCAGUUCGGGGGCUCCUCGGCAGCCGGUGGUCCUCUGCCCUGGGCCCGAGGAGGCAGUGGGGGAAGCGGGGACAGCCACCAUGGGGGACCCAGCUAUGUCCCUGAGAGGACCUCCUCCCUGCAGCGGCAGAGACUCUCUGAAGACUCCCAGUCCUCCCUCCUCUCCAAACCUGUCAGCAGCCUGUUUCAGAACUGGUCCAAACCACCUCUGCCACCGCUCCCCACUGGAACUGGGGUCACCCCUUCAGCCGCUGCAGCCCCAGGGGCCACCUCACCCUCAGCCUCCUCCUCCUCCACAUCUGCCCGCCAUCUCCAGGGUGUAGAGUUCGAGAUGCGGCCCCCUCUGCUCCGCCGGGCCCCCAGCCCCUCGCUGCUGCCAACCUCGGAGCACAAGGUCAGCCCUGCACCCAGGCCCUCAUCCCUGCCCAUCCUGCCUUCUGGACCCCUCUAUCCAGGCCUCUUUGACAUCCGCAGCUCCCCCACUGGAGGAGCAGGAGGCUCGGCUGACCCAUUUGCCCCUGUCUUUGUGCCACCACACCCAGGGAUGUCUGGGGGACUUGGAGGAGCCUUGUCAGGGGCCUCUCGCUCCCUCUCACCAACCCGCCUGCUUUCGCUGCCCCCGGACAAGCCUUUUGGCGCGAAACCUCUGGGGUUCUGGACCAAGUUUGAUGUGGCUGAUUGGCUUGAGUGGCUGGGUUUGGCCGAGCACCGAGCCCAGUUCCUGGACCACGAGAUUGAUGGCUCCCACCUGCCCGCCUUGACCAAGGAGGACUAUGUGGAUCUGGGUGUGACCAGGGUGGGCCACCGCAUGAACAUUGACCGAGCUCUCAAAUUUUUCCUGGAGAGGUGAUGGCUGGCCUGGACGGACCAGCCCGUCCAUAGAACCCUUGAGCCUGCUGGCCUCCUGACCUCUGACCCCUGACUGUCUUCUCUCCCAGGGCCAGGGACUCUGCUCAAACUGCGCCCUGUCCUUAUCUCCCAAGGC